AGGGAGGAGGAGAAGGAGGGAGGAACUUCCCAAAGUUGCAAAACAUGGCUACCUUGCCUGCGGAGCCGAGCGCGGGGCCGGCAGCCGGGGGGGAGGUGGUGGCAGCGGCGGCGACCGAAGAAGAGGAGGAGGAAGCGCGCCAGCUCCUGCAGACUUUGCAGGCGGCCGAGGGUGAGGCGGCGGCGGCGGCUGGGGCCGGGGCGGGCGAGGCGGCGGCGGGAGCGGAGGGCCCGGGAUCCCCGGACGUCCCCGGGUCGCCCCCCGAGGCCGCUGCCGAGCCGCCCACGGGCCUCCGCUUCUCGCCCGAGCAGGUGGCGUGCGUCUGCGAGGCGCUGCUACAGGCGGGCCACGCCGGCCGCUUGAGCCGCUUCCUGGGCGCACUGCCCCCGGCCGAGCGCCUACGUGGCAGCGACCCGGUGCUGCGCGCGCGGGCCUUGGUAGCCUUCCAGCGGGGCGAGUACGCCGAGCUCUACCGGCUACUCGAGAGCCGCCCCUUCCCCGCCGCCCACCACGCCUUCCUGCAGGACCUCUACCUGCGCGCUCGCUACCACGAGGCCGAGCGAGCCCGCGGCCGCGCGCUGGGCGCAGUGGACAAGUACCGGCUGCGCAAGAAGUUCCCGCUGCCCAAGACCAUCUGGGACGGCGAGGAGACCGUGUACUGCUUCAAGGAGCGCUCCCGCGCGGCGCUCAAGGCCUGCUAUCGCGGCAACCGCUACCCCACGCCCGACGAGAAGCGCCGCCUGGCCACGCUCACCGGCCUCUCGCUCACGCAGGUCAGCAACUGGUUCAAGAACCGGCGACAGCGCGACCGGACCGGGGGCGGCGGCGGCGCGACCUGCAAGAGCGAGUCUGACGGGAACCCCACUACCGAGGACGAAUCCAGCGGAAGUCCAGAGGACCUGGAGAGGGGCGUGGCCCCAGUGGCAGCCGAGGCCCCUGCCCAGAGCUCCAUAUUCUUGGCGGGGACUGCCCCUCCGGCACCAUGCCCUGCCUCCUCCUCCAUCCUGGUGAAUGGGAGCUUUCUGGCUGCUGGCAGCUCCCCAGCAGUGCUCCUCAGCGGGAGCCCAGUCAUCAUCAACAGCCUGGCCCUGGGCGAGGCCUCCAGCCUGGGCCCCCUGCUGCUCACAGGGGGUGGGGGUGCCCCUCCAGCACAACCCAGUCCCCAGGGGGCCAGCGAGGCCAAGACUUCCCUGGUCCUGGACCCCCAGACUGGAGAGGUUCGGCUGGAGGAGGCUCAGCCUGAGGCCUCUGAGGUCAAGGGGAACCAGGUGGCUGCAUCAGGGCCAGCUGGAGAGGAGGCCCCAGGGCCCCUGCCCCAAGUGGUGCCUGGUCCCCCACCAGCAGCCUCCUUUCCUCUGCCCCCGGGACCCGUGCCUACUGUGGCUGCUCCACAAGUGGUGCCACUCUCCCCACCAUCUGGGUACCCUACAGGCUUGGACCCCACUUCCCCACUGCUGAACCUGACCCAGGUGGUGCCCAGCUCACAGGUGGUGACCCUGCCCCAGGCGGUAGGGCCACUGCAGCUGUUGGCAGCUGGGCCAGGCAGCCCUAUGGAGGUGGCAGCCACAGCAGGUCCCGCCAACAUGCACCUGAUAAACUCCGGGGUGGGCAUGACUGCCCUACAGCUGCCUUCAGCCACUGCCCCAGGAAACUUCCUCCUGGCGAACCCCGUGUCUGGCAGCCCCAUCGUGACGGGUGUGGCCGUGCAGCAGGGCAAGCUCAUCCUCACCGCCACCUUCCCCGCCAGCAUGCUGGUCUCCCAGGUCCUGCCACCGGCCCCCAGCCUCACCCUGCCCCUGAAGCCUGAGACAGCCAUCUCAGUGCCCGAAGGAGCCCUCCCGGUGGCCCCCAGCCCUGCUCUCCCAGAAGCCCACGCCCUAGGCGCUCUUUCCGGACAGCAGCCACCACCACCACUGCCCACUGCUGCUGCUGCUGCCACCACUGCCGCUGGCCUUCCCUUCUCCCCAGAGCCCUCUGGCCUCCUGCCUAGCUUCCCAGCACCCCCGCCCGAGGGGCUGAUGCUGUCAUCCUCGGGCGUGCCCGUCUGGCCAGCGGGGAUGGAACUGAGCACAGGAACAGAAGGGCUGCUUGAAGUGGAGAAGGGGCUGGGGGCAGAGGCCCCCCACACUAUGCUGAGGUUGCCAGACCCAGAUCCCAAUGGGUUGCUCCUGGGGGCCACGGCAGGGGGCGAGGUUGACGAGGGGCUGGAAGCCGAGGCCAAGGUCCUAACCCAGCUACAGUCGGUGCCUGUGGAAGAGCCCUUGGAACUGUGACCCAGCCCGCCUCAUCCCUUCUGACAAUGGUGCUCAUAGAUCCGGGGACAGGAGCCAGGAUCAGGGAACUUCUCGGAAACAGGAUUGCUGAAGAUUCUACACACACUAAACCCCUCCAGGCCCAGUCAGCCUCUCUGACCCCGGGAUUCCAGGAGACACCCCUUCCACUCCCUGUCCAGGAGCACAGUCUCUCUGGAUGGGGAGGCCAUCUCUGUUACAGCCUUGUCCUUGCCCUGCCUCCCCUGUAUAUACGGGAGGACUUGGGGGUCCUGGCUCAGGGCCUGCCCCCUUUGACCUGGUACUAGCUGUGAGCUGAAAACCCUGCCAAAAGGCUGGAUUUCCCACCCCCCUGAACCCGCUCCCUGUCACCCCCUAAAACACUAUUAAUAGCUCCACUGUUAUCCAGUGUUCUCAGAACUGCUUGGAAUUCCAGGGUGGAGGACAGACAGACCCUCCCCCAGCUCUGGCACUUCCUGCUAAAAAGAUACGCAGGUGUGGGGCAGUGCCUGGCUUCCUCCCUGAGCUCCCCCUGGGCUGAAGCCCUCAUUACCACGUCCGGCCCCAAACCAAAGACUCCCUCGUCCCUGGGGCAACACUGAUCCCCGCCUCCGUGUCUAGUUUGUACCCUAAAUCUUUAUUUUUCUAGGACAUGUUAUGCCUCAUUGCAAUAAAAAAUCAAGUAACAGACAACUAGAACCACCAGGGGUGUGGGUUACCUUCCAAA